AUGGUAAAAUGUUUGUCUAACUGGGCGUACCAUUUUAUGUCAUUAAAUUUAAACAUCUACAUUUAUGCUACGUCAGCUCCCGAUGUCAACGUAACCUGCACCGACCAACACAUGCAGUUAGACCUGCUUCGUUCGGCAUUCCAUGGUCUUAACGAGAGCCAACUCCAGUUGACGGACCCUUCUUGCCAAGGCACAGGCAACCAUACCUUCAUCACGUUCAGGGCGCCCCUACACGGCUGUGGCACGAUCAUGAAUUUCACCAACUCCUCGGUCGUGUAUUCCAACAUCAUGUCUACUAGGCCAAACUACCUCUCUCUAAUGAGUGGUGUCGUCACUUGGGCCGGCACGAUCGAGAUUCCAUUUGAGUGCAAGUAUGCAAGGGACCACUGGAUCACCGGAAGCUUCAAGCCAGUUGUAGAGAAAUUGAGAUUCAAGGAAAAAGGUCGAGGGAACUUGACGUUCAACAUCCAACAGUUCCAAACCGAUAAUUUUUCGACUCCAUACUCCGAAAAGGACUAUCCUGUGUCCGUGAAGAUUCGUGACCAGAUGUAUUUCGUGCUGAGCGUGAACACGACGUCCCCGGAUGUGAAACUGUUCGCGGACACGUGCAAGGCUACACCCUGUUCCAGCCCCUUCGACUUCCUCCAGUUCAACUUCAUCAUUAACGGAUGUUCAGUUACAUCGGCAGUCAAGUUCCUCCCGAGUCCGGAUCCGAAGGAGAUCCGGUUGAGCAUCCGGGCCUUCCAGUUCUUGAAAGCUUUACCUGAGAUUUAUCUCCACUGCAAAGUGGUCGUCUGCCACACUGCGGAUAUGACGUCACGCUGUACCAAGGGCUGCGUGCAAGAUGAUAACACGGGGAAGAGACAAGCGGGAUCUGUCGACGAUUUCCAGAUAUCUGAAGGACCGUUCCAUUAUAUCGUUUACUGACGGCUUUUACCUGCGUCAGCAAAUGUCCUCAACUCUCACGAAGAUCGAAAUCUCAACUCGACAAUUGGACAUGGGACAUGCGAUUUCAACCGAUAUAAUUCGACUUUCACACCAACCUUAAACUUGCGCAACUAGUGGA